UAUGCAUAAUCAAUUCGUCUACUUCAUCAAACAUAAUUAUUUUUUCUCUAAAAAAGUGCAUUUUUCCAUCUACCGAAACUAGCUUAAAGCGUCUUCAAAUGCUUUUCAUUUCUCCACAUCUACUCCGACCGAUGUGUUAGAAUAUUAGCCGAAUUUUUAAUUUAAAUUAAUUGAAACGUGUGUUAAAGUUUGAUCUAAUGCCUUUCAAAUAUGCUUAUGUCGUACCGAUAUUUCAAGGAGUACUUUAUCCGGUAACAUUCUCAUUCACUUACAUAGUUGCAGCUUAUAUAAACAAAGACAUACCCUCUGUAUUUCCAUACAUAAGUGACACAGGAGCCUGGUCGAUAGAAAGAUGCAUAUUUUCAUUUAUGUUAGGAAUUGGUUCAGUGGCAAUGUUCCUCACAAUCUACAUACGAUACCGCCAAGUAAAAUUAAUACUAGGAACACAUAAGAAUAACGGAUAUAGACCACUUUUACAUAGCCUAAAUAAUUUCUCAUUUUAUAUGGGUAUUAUAAUAGGAUUGAGUGUGUUUUUAUUAGGAUGUUUUCAAGUGCAACCGUUUAUUGUAAUGCAUUUAGUAGGAGCCGUUACAGCUUGUAUUACUUCUGGAUCCUAUUUAGUGAUUCAGACUUACCUUUCAUAUAAAAUCUAUCCAGCGUUAGGAAGCAAGAAUCUGAAUAUUUUCAGGCUCAUUGUUGUCGUAAUUCUUAUUAUAUCUACAAUCAUUUCCGGAUCGUUUGGAUUGAUUUCGUUAUUAUUAUUUACUGGUGACGAUAUAACUCAAUGGACAGAAAGCUCUGGAGGAUAUCUUUUUCAUUUGAUAAGCGCAGCAACCGAAUGGAUUGUAGUUUUAGGUGUGGUAUUCUAUUUGUCAUUAUAUGCUGCUGAGUUCAAGACACUUGUAUUUAAUAAGCCUAAAGUAGAUAUAAUAAAUGUUUAAAUUACCAA